AUGGCUCAAACUGAAGAACACAAAAAUCAAGAUGAUAAUAUGAUCAAUCGGGACUAUAUGACUGAAGCUGAUAGAUGCUUGAUUGACAAGUACUCUAAUCAAAUGAAUUAUAGACUGAUUCCAUUAAUACCAUCAUUAGGACAGCCUAAUGUUAAGAUGCCAAUGAUAGCUUGUUCAGAUAUAUUAUCAGAUAUAGAAACCAAAUUAUGUAUACAAAUGAUGAGUAUCAAACCAAAACCCUCAACUUUAAGAUCAAAUCCUGAAAACCCAUGGUCAAUAGCGUCAAAUUUCGAACUGAAAUCGUCUUCAGAAAAUCAUAGAAUGCCCAUUAAAGUAUUUUCUUUCAUAUUUUCUAAAGAAACAUCAAGUCCUUUGUAUCUAAGCAGUCUUAUAAAUCAUUUUUCAAAUUCAUUCUUUUAUUUUAGACCAGCUGUAAACGAUUCAAUAAAAUCAGAUUCAGACUUAAGACAGUAUCUAAUUGAUUCGUUGACAAAGAUUUUACUUGAUUAUUGUGUUAAAAAAGAUAACUUGGAAACUUCAAAUAGAGCUCAAACUAUACGAGAAGUUACUGGUAAUGUUAAUGAUGAAACUUCAGGUCACAAGUAUUACGAAUUCAGAUCCACUAAUGAGCCUAUACUUUCCCAUGAAGAAUUUAUGCAAGACUUUCAAGAAUUAAAAUUAUGCUUAGCAUAUAAACCAAAUAGUCUACCAUUUGUACCAAUGUUGGAAAAUUUAAUUAAUAUAUUAUCAUUUGGUGGUGUAAUUAAAGAACUUGAUGGAUUUUUAAACUUCUUUGAAAGUGAAACUCAUACAGCUCUAAUUAUAUCUAAAGAUCAUUUAUCAAAUCAGAAUACGGAUGGUGUGAAUUCAAAAUUCUCAAAAUUGUUUAAUGAAAGAAUUCUUUUGAUGUCCAAUGAAACAAUUAAUGGUGAAGAAUAUAAAAUUUCAACAGGACAGAUCUAUUUUAUUCCUGGUAAAUUAACUUAUCAACUAGCUAAUUCUCCACCACCAUGUUACCAGGAAUCAAUAUUGCAAACGGAUCAUGACGAUCAUCAUUAA